ACUAAGCCGCCGCCACCCUCCAACGAAGCAUCGUAUUUGCCCUUCAGAAACCUAAUUCCCCACCCAAGCGAGUCGGAGCGGGGUUGGACAGGGCCAAUAUUCAUGGAUCUGCAGCAGAAUGAUUUCGAGCGUCUCAUCUUCUUCGAGCAUGCUCGCAAUGCUGCGGAGGCCGGCUACGCCAAGAACCCCCUCGAUGCCGAUAAUCUCACGAGGUGGGGAGGAGCGCUUCUUGAACUAUCUACGUUCCAGAGUGGGAACGAUUGCGUAAAGAUGGUUGAAGAUGCUAUAUCAAAACUACAGGAAGCCUUGGUGUUAAAUCCUAGCAAGCACGACACCUUCUGGUGCAUGGGAAACGCGCAUACUUCUCAUGGGUUCUACACGCCUGAUCAGCUGGCUGCUGCAGUUUGUUUUGAGAAGGCAGCUCAAUGCUUUCGUGAGGCUGUGCAGCUGGAUCCUGGAAAUGAGCUAUAUCUUAAAUCCCUGGAAUUAUCAGCCAAGGCACCUGAAUUGCAUAAAGAGCUCCAGAAGCAGAUGGCGAGUCAGCCAGCUUCACAAGGAACAACCUCUGCUUCAACUACAAAGACGCCCAAGAAGGACAGUGACCUGAAGUAUGACAUACUCGGCUGGGUAAUUCUGGCAGUGGGUAUUGUUGUCUGGGUUGGUAUGGCCAAAUCCAUUCCCCCUCCACCCAGAUAAGCUGCCAUGCCACAGACUCGUUCUGUUGGAAUAAUGUUUCUGUUGGGUUUGACAGUGAAGUUCACUAGCGAGAACAAUGAUCUCUGGAAGUGUAGGAUCACUACGGGAGUACUUUCUCUACGCCAUUAAUUCUGGUAUUAUGAUUGGCCCAUUUUUUGCAUGCUCAUUUGAUAUGGGCAAAAAGAAUCUGUUGUUUUGCGAUAAAGGUAGAUAGCUUGUGGAACUCUCCCGGUUGAUGUAUUAAAUUUUAAGAAACUAGUUUUCUUCAAUUUUGUCAAGCUGUUCUGUUACCCAGCUGAAUAAUACAUCUCUUAAUCAAUGCAUCUAAUAGCUUGAAAUCUUAUCAUAA